CUGCGGGCGGAGCCACCCAGAGUAGCAAGCAGGGCUGGAUAGCCAGCCAGCCAGCCAGCCUGCCUACUAGGCCUCGGAGCUCCUCCCCGGUUCAGCCCGGAGACUCUCCGGGCGGAGAGAGUUCCGCCUUUCUCUCCUCCCUUUCCCGGUUGCUUCCGCUUGCCUGGGUCGCUCCUGUGGCGGCGGCAAGAGCAAGCAGCAUGGCGGCCGUGGAGCCCCGAGUGUGCGAGACGGCCGGUUGCAGCAGCGAGGCCAAGCUGCAGUGCCCCACCUGCAUCAAGCUAGGCAUCCAGGGCUCCUAUUUCUGCUCGCAGGAAUGUUUUAAGGGAAGUUGGGCUACUCACAAGCUGCUACACAAGAAAGCAAAAGAUGAGAAAGCUAAGCAAGUGGUUUCUGCUUGGACUGUAGAUGGUGAUAUUAACACAGAUCCCUGGUCUGGCUAUCGAUAUACUGGUAAACUCAGGCCACAUUAUCCAUUGAUGCCAACAAGGCCUGUGCCGAGUUAUAUUCAAAGGCCAGAUUAUGCUGAUCAUCCUCUAGGUAUGUCUGAAUCAGAACAGGCUCUGAAAGGAACUUCUCAGAUAAAAAUCCUUUCUACAGAAGAUAUAGAAGGGAUGCGAGUAGUGUGUAGGCUUGCUAGAGAAGUUUUAGAUGUUGCUGCCAUGAUGGUGAAGCCAGGAGUAACUACUGAAGAAAUAGAUCAUGCGGUUCAUCUAGCUUGUAUUGCCAGAAACUGCUAUCCAUCCCCACUGAAUUACUAUAAUUUUCCUAAAUCUUGCUGUACCUCAGUAAAUGAAGUUAUCUGUCAUGGAAUUCCAGACAGGCGACGCUUACAAGAGGGUGAUAUCGUCAAUGUGGACAUUACUGUUUAUCGUAAUGGUUAUCACGGGGAUCUCAAUGAAACAUUUUAUGUUGGAGAAGUUGAUGAAGGUGCAAAGAGAUUAGUCCAGACAACAUAUGAGUGCCUAAUGCAAGCAAUUGAUGCAGUAAAGCCUGGUGUUCGAUAUAGAGAGCUGGGGAAUAUUAUACAGAAGCAUGCUCAAGCCAAUGGAUUUUCUGUAGUCCGGAGCUAUUGCGGGCAUGGGAUUCAUAAACUUUUCCACACAGCUCCCAAUGUGCCACAUUAUGCCAAAAACAAGGCUGUUGGGGUAAUGAAGCCUGGCCAUGCAUUUACAAUAGAACCUAUGAUCUGUGAAGGUGGGUGGCAAGAUGAAACAUGGCCUGAUGGCUGGACAGCAGUGACACGAGAUGGCAAGCGAUCUGCUCAGUUUGAACAUACACUUCUGGUCACAGAUACUGGGUGUGAUAUCUUAACCCGACGGUUGGAUAGCAUUCGCCCCCACUUCAUGACCCAGUGCUAGUGUAGGCCAAGCUUGAGAGGCCUGAACCAAGCAUCUCUUGACUCUGUACUAUGCAUUUUCCUAAAGUACAGGCUAAGGGGGGAUUUUAUCACCUAUUUUCUUGUUGACUAGGUAAGAGAUUCGGUCUUGCAUUAUACAACUUGGAAGAGCCUGAUACAGAGUUGAAAGCAGAGAGGCUUUAGAGCAUUUUCUGAGCUUUCCAACAUGAUUGGAACUUUAAAAUAAAUCCUUUGUCCUUGAGGCAUCCCUUUAUCCCUUCCCCUCUUGCCAAGCUGGGCUUCAGGUGACUCUACACUGCCACAGUUAUCAGCUGGCAAGCAUUUUUCCAUGGUGGAUGCAAGAUAUUGGAAAAUGAGCCUUUCUGCUUUUAUAUAAGUGCCACCUGAGAUUUUAAAUUUUUUCUUGUUCCAAAGGCAACACAACUUACCUACUGUGGAGAAAACACAGUUUUAAUCUGGUGGGUUUUUCUCUGUUUAUAAUUCAGAGGUGGAAAUGUGUACUAGAGAGUGUUACCUAGUACUGUGUCUGCUUUCAGAAUUUUAUUCAGUGCUUCCCUCUUCCAUUUCAGUUGUCUCUAUUGCGACUGCAUAUGGAAGUAAAAUAACCACCUGCUAACAGAUAGGCCUGUUUCUCUUCAGCUGACAAUUGCUCCUGCUGGUGCUCCGCUCAUGGUGGAGUGGGAAGGGGAGAGGAGAGACAAAACUACCGAGGUUCUACUUGGUUCUAGUUUUUACUGAAAUGCAGCCUCAAAACGGGUAGCGCUUGGCAGCCAAUGAUAUUCAUAAGGUUCAAGAAACUGAAAAUGGAAGUAGGAAACAAAAUUGAAAUUACUAUAUUCUACUUCUCCUGAAUGUGUGUUCUAAGGAAAGGCAACGCCCAAAGACACAAAGCUGCUCUCACAGUCAAUUUCUCAGCUUCUUUUCAAUCUGUGGAGAUUUUGUGUGUGUCACCAAAGUCAAACAAGUUUCUGCUGAAUUUCACAGUUCAGGGCAUGCUCUUGUUAAAAGCAGAAUCUAUGGCUGUGUUCACGUUGCCAUCUCACUAUGGAUAACUUCUGUCCAUGACAACAAAAAAGUUCACAAUGGAUUGGAGAGAGCUUUCAUUAGUAGGCAUAAAAUUGGAAGGAGAAAGAAACAACAACCCCAAUGCUGCAAGUCUUGCAAAGCUGUUAUCCUGAAAAGCCACCCCCUCGCACCGAAAGGAGAUCUAUUACCCAAGCUUUGCCACUGUGGUGUUUCAUCACAAGCAGAAUUUUUUUUGGGACAAAGGUAUCUACUUGAAAUAAGCAAGGACUGGACAUCCCACCAAAGUGGUACUCCUUCUUCAAAGACUUGAUACAGCAUGGGUAAAGUGGUGCAAUUCUAUACACAUGGAUGUGUGCAGAGAGUUAAUAUUUUAUACUAUAGGAUUGAUGCCAGGGGGCAACUGGCUUACUGCUGUUACCUUUUGACCUGCAUUCCAUAGUGAAAUUGAUCUUUUCACAUUUUCAAAGAGUGCCUGCUUUAUGUUGGAGGAGACAAUUGGUAUACUGUUGAAGACAAGUCAUAAAAUCAUGGGUAUGAUAUGCAUACUUCUGUUCCCUCUCUGGUAUCUGUUUCAUCAGGUACCUAAGAAGGAUCUAAAGUCCUCUGCUCUCGUCAGCUUCAACAGCAUAAUAGUUUCACUAGUUUGGGUGAUUUAAGGCAAUUGUCACUGAACAAAAUAAAUUUUGAAGAAAAUCUCUCUCUCCCAGAGUGCCUCUGAAUGUCUUUUCCCCCCCCAGCAGAACAGGUGCUGGGAUAACAUUUUCAUUCUGUAACAUGUUAGAGGCAGUACAGUAAUCCAGACUGUUACAAGGAGCUGUGUAUGUGGGCAGAGAUGUGUAACAAAACAACCUGGGAUAUCUUGAGUGCAGUUAAAUGAUGUAUGCAAUGUAUUAAGGAGAUUAAAAGUCUGAAUGGCUAA